GCGGGGUUGGGGGUUGGGAGGGCGGCGGUUGUGUUCGGGGUGUUCCUCCUCUCGGGCCUCGCGCACGCAAGUGGUGGCGUGGGCUUUGGGACAGGGGGAUGGCGGGCGCGAUGUGGUGUUCUUCUGUGCGAAUUCUGUGGUGGUUGGGGUGGAGAUGGUGGUUUCGGAGUUGGUGAGGAAGAAUACUACUAUUAGAUGUGAGGUUCUGAUGAAGGUUGUUAAAGAUCAGAGGGUAAGGAUUGUGGGAAGGGGGUUGGGCUUCGUGUGGGUGUUUGCGUGGUUUUUCUGGGUCACGCCUAGGUGGGUGUACGCGAAGACCCUGUGUUGGUCGUUGAGGCAGGCGUUGCUGCGAUCUGGUGCUUGAGUAGG